UAUUUCUACUUUUCAACAAAAUCAUUCCCAUGUCAUCUAUACGAUUCGGCCUGACAUUGACACAGACAGGCCGACAGACGACCACAGCUCUAUCGACUCGGCCCUUGAUCAAGACUUAAGAUACAUCAAAUAUAUACAUAUAAUUCCCUCCACAAGAGAGUAUAAAAUGUUAAUAUUCACGAGAACUGACUAGAUAAUAUGGUUAAAUAAUUCGUAAUGUGCACGCACUUUAAAGCUGAUUUUUAUUACAUUCCGAUUGAUUGAAGUUAUCAGAAAACAAAUGGUUCGAGGGUCCAAUUUCUCUAACUUUUACUGGAACAAUCCAAUUCGGAAGCUUUUUUAUUUGGAUUUUUCAAUUUGGUUGAGUUGUAAUCGCAAUGUUUCUUGCAGCUAAAAUAGGCCAAAAUGCAUCCAAAGACCGGCCAAAAUACAGCACAGCAGCACGUGAGAGACACAAUAAGCCACAUGCCUAUUAGAAGUCCACCAGUUGCAAUAUCAGCUUCAAGGGAAGGUUUAUCCGGUGACUGUAUAGUAUCCAUUUUAAUAUUGAAGUCUACAAGUUUGACAAUUGAGUCUAGUUAUUCAAACCAAACAAUCGGAGCACACACAGAUCAGGGUAGAAAUUUAUGAUCAUGGAUUAUUAUUAGAAGAACAAACGAUUCACACUUCGAGCUGUUUGUAGUCUUGAAAUUAAUUUGGGUCGUGAUUAUAAACACAUUUUCGACAGGUAGUCCAAACUUAAACGCAGCUGUUGCAGGGUCAGGCAGUCAAACUGCAACAUUCACAAUGUCACGUCUCAGUCAAUCGCGCUUCAUCUUUGAGAUGACAGAAAACACGAGGACCUUUCGUCACCAGCGUAAGAUCAACAACCAGAUUAUCAACUGCCCGACCUGUCACAGUCUCGUCGGAGCAAAUGAGCCUUACAGCCAUCAUUGGUUGGGGAACCAAGAUGAUCAGCACAUAAACUUGGGCUUGGACGAGAAGAAACUGCUCAAGCGCAUCGAACGGGAGCGUAUUGAAACAUUUUUUCUGUGUGAUGAGAGUGCAUUGGAUCGCACCAAUGAGUUUUUAUUGCAGGCAGGCAUAGAAGCCAUACCACAGCUACUGCGUUUCCUGAUUUAUGAGGCCAGCCGGCUAGAGUUGACAGUUGGGUUCUAUGUGAAUGUGUCCAAGCAGCACAUGUACUACGAAAGCACUCCUGUAAAAAUAGAUCAUCAUCUGGAUAUAAAGGAGACAGUGGACAUGGUGUUCUCAAUAUUGCUGGAGAAGAUUAGCAGCUUUGUGCUAGUGCAGCAACGCGUUCCAUUUGAGGCAUGCACUAUAAAACGCUUAAAAGUGAAUGUAAAGCGCCAAUUGCAAGGACAACAACAGAUCCCAUUACAAUACCGUGUAAAAUGCGAUGCACGUUAUCCGAAUACCAAAAACACGACAUGUGUAGACCUUGAGCUGCUCUCAAAGAGCUUCAGAAGCUAUCACGGCCAACGCUUUGGCCACUUUCCAGCCUCCCUGAAGGUUAAUCUCUAUUGCUUGCGUGUCUGCGCUAGCACCAAGGAGCUCUAUGCGGUGCCAUACCUUCUCAGGAGCGAGGAUGUCAACACUACGCCCACAUUUCUCAUACUAACAAAUGUAGCUGGGGAAUUUCAAGGCAUGCACGAGAUACGAAAUGUGCGGCGAUUUCUCAAAGCAGAUACAAAGGAUCAUAUGCUCGAGUGUCGCCAGUGCAAGUCACAUUUUGCAGAUCGGUUACAGUUUGCGUUGCACAGACAAAUCGAUUGUGGAGGUGGCUUUAUGAUUUGGCACAUAAAUCCAGAGUCAGUGGAGUUGUAUGAGAAUUGUUUCUUGUUGCCCAAACAGUAUUUUAAGUUCGCAUGGUUUGGAAUUAGAAAUUAA